AUAGGAAGAAAAAAAAGGUGGUCUUUUUGGGGGGCACUGCUCCCACACCCUCAUAGUGUUAAAACCCUGGUGUCGGGUUUGUCUAUCGCAUUUCCCCGAGACUCGCGAUGCCGAGGUUUAAAGUCACUUCUCACAAAAGGGAAAUCUAAUUAUUUUCUUUUCUCAGCCGCAUUAGUCGCUCAUUCACACCUGGGCGAUAAGGAACACGGUUCUCCUCUGGAAGGAGGAACAAGAACAAGUCGCACUUCAGCUUUCUUUUGAACUUCACCAAAAGCUGUGAGCUCGUAAACCAGUGCUCUGGUAUAAAACACCCCUCAGCCCACCUGAGCUCAUCCACACACACACUCUUUACACACAUACGCGCGUGCACAUGGACGGCACAGAGGUCGACCACUUGACCGCAAAACUUCUGGCGCAGUGGGACUGGAGGAGCGACACCCGGCUUUACGGCCAGCAAUGCGGCUCCAUCGCGGGCGGAUGCCCUACACAUGACCCCUCAGCAUCUCCGUGCUCUACCUGUUCCUCAUCAUCAUCAUCCUCACCGUCCUCCUCUUCCUCCCAGGAGGCUCCAGGGGAAAUGUUCUCGGAUUAUCCCUACGACCGAAGGCGAGCGGCGCAGGCGCAGACGAAGACGUCGCGGCCGAAAAUGUCGACCAAGCGCCGCGUAAAGGCGAGCGAGAGGGAGAAGAUGCGCAUGAGGAGUUUAGCCGAAGCUUUGCAUCAGCUCAGGGAUUAUCUGCCACCAGGAUACAGCCGCAGAGGACAACCCCUGACCAAGAUCCAGACUCUGAAAUUCACCAUCGAAUAUAUAAAGGAGCUGUCGGAAAUCCUCAGCAGAGAAUGAGACACCGACUCCGGAACCGACUCCGGAACCGACACCGGGAACGACUCCGACAAGUCAUUAUUUUAUCCAGUUUGUAUUUUUCGUGGUUAAAAAAAAUUCUUUGUACAGAAAUGUGCCAUAAUGUUGAUGUAAAUACUUGUUUCGGCACUUUUUUUUUAUUUUAUUUUUUUCCCUAUUCAUGUGUUUAAUAAUGAAAUAUUUGAUGAAAGAAUUGAUGGAAUAAACCUUGUGUCA